AUGACGCUGAGAGUCAUCAAACGGAACUACAAGACUUUUUACUCGCGUUUAUUCACUGCUCACACAUCCAACUUCAUCCUUGUCUACCUUCACGGCGGUAUUGCUAUGGGUAAAUACGAUCAUAUUCCCGAGUUAUUGGGCACGGAAAACUAUGUCGGCUGGUCCACAAAGAUGCAAUAUGCGCUUGCGUGUGAAGAUCUGUGGUGCCAUGUCAACACAAAUCCCGACCCAACAGAUAUACUUGGAGCACCAUCUUUCAAACCUGUCCCUGUCGAUCCCAACAAUGUCACACCUGCUGAAGUGGCGGUGAUACGGGAAUGGCUAUUGAAUGAUAUGAAAGCUAAGGACCUCAUUACUUGUUGCCUCAGUCCAUCUGUUGGAGCACUGGUAUCACGCACACACACUGUCUCGUCUCGUGAUGCUUGGAAAACUCUCGCUGAGCAUUUUAAUUGCACUGACACCAGUGCUCAGUAUCAACUACAGCAAUGA